CGUCAGAAGAAAUCGCCGGAGCAGGAGAGAAAGCAGACCGAUGGCUAAGGCCGUGUAGCUUUUGUACUGUAUCCGAAAACUAGUAUAAAUUUACUACCCAUUUAGUGGAGUUGUGCUAUGUCUUCAGGAAUGACGGGGCAAACACCGUGCCUAACCAGUCGUUGGGAUAAGCCAGCCCAGCCUAAACAGAGUGUAGACAUACAGCAGCAGAAGAGCAGUGAAAAUGCAGCCCACCCUAUCUCAUUGUCAGGAGUCGUUGCUGGACCGAACAGCACAGUUUCCCAGGCACCAGAAACGGGAGGAAAAUCUCCUCAGGGAGGAGUUGAAAUGGCUGCAGCAAUGGCUGCUAAAAUAAAUGCUAUGUUGAUGGCAAAAGGAAAGCUGUUGACUCCUCCACCAUUACUUGCAAAGACUCCUCCAAGUGUGCCUGUGCCAGCUGUUACAGAAGAGAUGGUGGUCACUGAAGUCGACAUAAAUGAUGUACCACUCAACUGCAGGGACCUUCUUACUAAAGGCAAAACACAGGAGGAGAUUCGACAGUUUAGUGGAGCCAUCGUUUCAACAAAGGGUCAUUACAUGACAGAAGCUGAAAAGGGAAUAGCAAGAGGACAAAGACCUUUGUAUUUGCACGUUCAGGCAAAGACCCAAGAACAAGUCAACAAGGCUGUAAUCAGGAUAAAGGAGAUCAUCUCUGAGGAUGUGAUGAGGACCUCAGCAGCCUCGGGGGGACAGCAGGUGCCUGUAAUUCCACCGCUCACUCUCUACCCUCAGCCGCCUCGACCUGUCGUUCCUCCUACUGUGCCACGGAUGCCCAAUACCACUUCAGUGCCAGCCCAGGGUCAUCGACCAGCAGCUCCUCAUUUAGGGAGUUUUGUGCACACAAAGAUUUUUGUGGGUCUGGACCAAGCGUUGCCUUCAUUCAACGUGAAAGAAAAGGUUGAGGGUCCAGCAGGUUCGUACCUGAGUCACAUCCAGGCAGAGACGGGAGCUCGAGUCUUCCUCAGAGGAAAAGGUUCUGGCUACAUAGAACAAGCAUCGAAACGAGAGUCCUUUGAACCUCUUUAUGUCUACAUCAGCCACCCAAAUGCAGCUGGAUUGGAAUCAGCAAAGAAACUCACAGAGAGUCUCCUGGAAACUGUGAGAGCUGAGCAUGCACAUAUGGUGUCGAUAUACACAGCCACGGGCUCGACACAGUCAUACGCAGUACAUGGAUUUCCACCUAAUAGCAAUUACUCUAGCCAGGGGUCCUGGUAUAACUACCCAGCAAAUGGGUAUGCUGGCGGCUAUUCAGCGUAUCCAGGAGCCACUGGUUAUUGGAGUAAGGCAAAUGGUCCCCCAAGUCAUUCUAACUUGUCGACAAACCCUCCAUCUUCUCAGGCAAUGGUUCAGUAUCCGGUGUGUCCUAGGAAACCGCAUCCCUAUCUUGUUCAGGAUCCAAGCAGCAGUGAGACAGUGGAGCCUGAAGGAUCUUUAAAUACCCCCCCUGACUCAGGAAGUCCCAAGCAUCAAUUCCAGGAGGGGGCUAAGGAUGAAAAGCCCUACACCAUCUCUCCAGAGGGUCCAGCUCAUCAGGAGUCCACCCUUCCUGCGCCCAGUGUUGGCGAGGAGAAAGAAGCAGAAAGGUUUCUGAUGCCUCCCCCGCCACCUCCCUCCGUGGCUCCCGCCGCUGUUGCACGCAAAAGGCCGAGAGAUGCCGUGACGGAUGAUCCAGCGAGUCUGCCCAGCAGCACCGCUUCAUUGGGUGUUCAAGACGAGGUGUGCGGGAAGAAGGCUAAAGUGUUCAGUGAUACAUCAGGGUUAGUGCCCUACGGAGGGGAUUCCUCCGAUGAAGAGGAGGAGAGGAGCCGCAGCAGUAAGACAGAUAACUCAUAACCUCUGCCCCGUCCCAUCCCCACUGUCCAGGACAUUCAUAGACCACAUUCAGUAGAUCAGCAAGUUUCACAAACUCAAACCACAUUCAAGGAAAAGUCCACCCUUGUAUCAUACACUGUUCUGGCAUGUUACACCACAUUUACUACAAAGACAAAUAUAUUUGCUGACAACUGCCUUUGCACAAAGCGGAGGAGAGUCCUUUUUAUUCUUCAGUUUUUCAGAACAGAUGCAUUUUUAAUUUUAGCUCUGUAAGGAUCUUGAAGACAGUUAUUUGAAAGUUUGUGUACCCCUUUUACUAUUGACAUACCUUAUAAAUCAGGUAGCCAAGCUUGAAAGCCCAUCGGUCUUUAUACAGCAGUCGUAACAUGCUUUAAAAAAAGGACACGUGGAAAUAAGGGGGGGGGGAUUUUUAUUUUUUUUAUAAAUUUUCCAGAAUGCCUUUUUUUUUUCUUUUUCUUUUUUUUUUUUUUCAUAAAUAUAUAUAACCCCUUGACACCAGGCAUGUGAACCCGCUGGUUAAGGUGAGGGUGAGCAUAUUUAAACUUUUUGCUGCCUGUGUAGAAAAUGUAAAUAUAGAAGUCUAGAUGCGAACUAUUUCAGUGUCAGUGUGGGUUUAUUUUAAAAUGUCACACCUCUUUGGGCUACAUUUGUGGGGGGGGGGGUUUAUUUACAUCUUAUUUUUUUAUGAAAUAGUGAUCUGAUUGCAAAUUCAAACAUCAUCAGUAGCCACUUUAUACAGUGUGUGGAAGUAUUCUGGGUGGACUUUCCUUCUACAUAUGUGAAUAGAGCUGUAUUAUAAUUUAAAUUGGGGGUUUUUUUUCCCCCCUUCAUUUUUUUCUCCAAUGCAUUUUUUUGGUGGGGGCGCAAAGAAAAAACAGCUCCUUAUUUCCUCCUUUGGACUUAAACACUCAAGUCUGCUGCAGUCAAAGGUGGUUUAAAUAUUGUACAAUCUAGUGAAACCUUUUCUUAUCUUGGAAAAUGGUGUAUGCCUGUUCCCAUGGAAUACUAUAAUAAAAG